AUGCGUGGCAGCGGAGGCUUUCCACGAGGGGCGCGUGGUGGUUUUGGAAUGCGUGGUCCACGACCAGGAUUCGUGGGUGAUGGCAGAGGCAUGAGAGGUCCACCAUUUCAGCCACGACCACCCUUUUAUCCUCCACCAUUUCCCGGAAUGCCUCCAAUGGGAGUACCACCAAUAGGCCAGCAAAUGCCUCCACAACAGACUCCUGCACAGCAAGCUGAGAGACUGAAGAAGCUUGCCGGCGUUCCGCCAGACCAGGAACUGUGGGUGGAAACGAAGUCGCCCGAUGGGAAACCAUAUUAUUACAAUGCUGUAACACGUGAUACAGUUUGGGAAAAGCCGGAAAAUGCUAAAGUAAUGGAACAAACAGAGCUGCAAGCUUUGGUUGAGAAGGAUGCAAAAGAAGAGAAAGAGCAAGUUGCUGCUCAAAGUGCUGCUCCUGUUGCUGCUGCUGCUGCUCCAACCUAUGGGACAGGUGUACCACCAGCAGCUGUUCCACCUCAAAUUGCUCCUGGCAUGCCGCCUAUGGGUGCCUAUCCACCAAUGAUGCCUCCACCAGCGUUUAAAGAGGAUCAACAAGAAAAUCUUCUGGAUACUGUAGGAUCUGUGGUUAGCCAGAAAUACGUAAUGAUAUUUCGUAUCAAGGCAAAUCAUCAGGUUUCAGGUUUCCCGAUUAUGCCACCAAUGAUGUUUCCACCGCGACCAGGUUACCCACCAAUGUUUCCUGGUUUGCCACCUGCAUAUCCGAUGCCAGGAAUACCUGUUCCCGGAAUGCCACCAGUUGUACCUGCAGCUGUUUCUUCCAGCGGUGAUGCGGCAGGAUCAGCGGAAGCAGCAGCAUGGCAAGAAUAUACCGCACCGGAUGGACCACCUUCUGGCACGGACAAUGCUACUGGUGGCGGUGAUUCGACAGAAAAUAACUCAACUACAGCUGCCAACGAGGCGCAGCAACAAGCUGCAACGCUUGCACAACAACAGGUGCAAGCACAGCUGGCAGCAGCGAAAGCAGCUGCUGAGGAAGCGAAGAAACAUACGGAGGAACCGGCCAAAGAACCGGAAGUUGUGGCC